AUGCAGAACUUUAUAUUUUAUAAUUAGAUUCCUGAAGAAUAUAAAUGUUAGGACUGUUAAGAGCCUAUUCUAAAUCCAUUAGAAUGUAGUUUUUGCCUGAAAAAAUACUGUAAGGAUUGUACCUAUUAAAAUCAUAUUUGCACUCAAUAAGCUACAAAAACAGAGAAAAUUUAGAAGUGUUUUCUGUCAUGUAGUAUGAAAUAUUUAGACAGACUCAAGUUAAUAAAAUCAAAGUGCUAUAACUGUUCUGAAAUAAUAUCAUUGUCAUCUUACAAACAGCAUUUAUAACAAUGUUUUAACAUUAAACAAGCUUCUCCAGAUUUAUCUACAGUAAGCGAAAGAAGCAUAUAGAUAGAAUCAGAAGAUUUUGAAAGUGAAUCAGAUUUUUUAUUAUUUAGCAAAAAUAAUAUUUUCUGA